UCCGUCGCGUUCGCAUUCGUGUCCGGGUUUCCCGUCCGCGAUCUAUCGGACGAUGGUACGACUGAUCCCGGUUGAUUCGUCCGCGAAUUAAUCCGUCGUCCGGUUUUUAUUUCACUCGCCGUGUCGCGGUGCUGUUGAGUUGAGUUAGCUGUCGAUCAACGCCGUUUCUCGAGGCGCGAUUCCGAUUUACGGAAAGACAGAUCGCUUUCGACAGGUAGCGAAUGACUGAUAAACGAAGAUAAGAGUCGGGAAUCUUGAUAGUUGCUGGAGGACGAUAAAACGGAAGACACGACAUGGCCGACGACGUGCAUCGGAACUUGUUGGCGUAAGGAACGCCACGACUCUCGGAGGUAAAAGCGCGAAAAAAAACGCGAUGAAUUCGAAUGUGCAACAGAGCAUCGGUCAUAUCAAGGAGUGAUAACGAUCAGGGUGAGCAUUUCCCGUUCAACGUGCCGGCCGGUACCGGUCUCGCCGGAACACGCGAAGCGGCCGUUUCGUGCCAUCACGUGGCUCCUGCCUCGUCACAUGGAUCGUCACUAAAACAUGAGCGACGGAAUUGUCUGUUGAUCCGUUGAUCCUGCCAUUUUGUCGACGCGUCUCUGCCAAGAGUGCAAAAUGCUGGUAUAACGGCGCGACAUGGAGACGCUAUAUACCGGCGCGAUUCAUGGUUUUCCGCAACCCGGCGGAAUAGCUAAUGGCGUUUCCACGGGAAUCGCAAGUUCCUUCGACCAAGACGGCGUGCUCAGCCUCAUCGUCGUUCUCGGAGGAAGCUUGUCCCUGGUGGCCCUGGUGUUCGCGUUCAUCACCUAUAGCCUCUUUUCUGACUUGAGGAGCCUGGCAGGAACGACCCUGAUGAAUCUUUUGGCAGCCCUUUUCAUGGUUCAAUUGUUGUUCAUCGUAGGCGCUGGAGGAGUACAGGAUGCGGAACUCUGCAUUUCGCUCGGUCUGAGUCUGCAAUAUCUUCGGAUAUCGGUGGUCUGCUGGUUGGCGGCGAUGUGCCAUCAUCUGUACGCUACCGUGGCGUCGCUGCCGCGUCGCGACGACCCGCCGACGUACAUAAAGUACAGCCUGUUUGCCUGGGGCGCGCCGUUGAUCAGUCUCUUAGCGGCGGCUCUUUUGCAGAAUCAUGAAAGUCAUAAUUUCUGGGAUGUCGUUGAUCUCACUCCCUUCAAUUGCUGGUUUCUAGGAGCCACAGCGACAGUUUACGCAUACGGUUUACCAGUCGUCCUGCUAAUAGUAAUUUCCGGUUACUACCUCGUCAAGGCUGCGAUCGUAUCAAGGUACACGUGCAGCAUGCAACUCGAGAUAAAACAACGCGAGAAGAUGAAGAGGAGGCGGGCGUUGCAGCUGAUGCUCUUCCUGAAGGUCAGUCUGAUCGUCGGUGUGGUGGCCGGUUGCGGGGUGGCGUCCAGAAUCUGGAAAAUUCCCUUCCUAUGGGCGAUUUUCUGUACGGGUCAUUCUCUUCAGGGAUCGGCAGUGGCACUCUCCGUCGCGUGUAACUGCAGGGUCUUGAAAGUCUACGCCAGAAAAUCGCACAAGCACCCGGAACAUCAGAUUGCAAAAUCAAGCAGUAGCAUGCAACUGCUUGCACCUGCGCCUGAUCCGGUUUAGGCGAUCUUCAGAACGAAACGGACAGGAAACGAAGAGGAAAACCAACGAGUGGCGACGGCUGGUGUCUCUCUCUCUUUGCGAGCUAUAACUAUUUUUACAUCGAAAAUGUGCUGACAUUUUUCUCUUAACUUCGCCGUUUCUCUCUCUGUGACCAGAAUUUUCCUCCGUGACGUGCGAUUUCAAUUUCAACCUCGAUAGCUUCAAUCAUCUUGCAGCACGACACCUUUUCGUUGUCUGGGAUAGGUAGGAAACUUUUAGAAAACUUGUAAUUUGUGUAAAUUGAAAUUGGCAUACAAAAGAAGAAAAUAGAAAAUGUGUAAAACUAUACUUUCGAUUGCUCACAUGUUGAUUUGUUAUAAUAAUCUGAAUUAUUACUUUUGAUGAUUUAUAAUAGUCAUUGUAGAGAGAGAGAUACAUAUAUAUAUAUA